AUGGAGAACUUUGAACGACGUCGAGAGGAAGGAUUACAUUGGGGCCGUCAAGUGCCUGAUGUCGCAUCCCGCCCAACACCCGUCUACCCCGAAGCCGUGACGCGCUUUGACGAGUUCCAAGCUUAUCAUAUGUCUGUCGCAGAGGUGGUGCAUCAUGUAGGUCAAUUCCUCCCAUGGCACCGUCUCUACCUUCGGUUGUACGACCAGGCAAUGAGAACCGAAUGUGGAUACAAGGGCCCGACUCCCCUGCACACCUCACCCGUCUGGGACCCAAACACUGGCUUCGGUGGAAACGGGGUACCAGGAACAUACACACUGCCUCCCAACAUUAACGUCACCUCCAACCGCAUCUUCCCGGAGUCCUUCGUGGGGUGCGUGAAGGACGGCCCCUUCGCGGAUCAUACAGUCCAUCUCGGCCCCGGCCAGCUGCGAACUAACCACUGUCUCGUUCGUGGCCUAAACGAGUCGCAAUACGUCAACCUCGACGCUCAAGCGGUUGCGCGAACUCUGGCCCAGCCAACCUACGAGCAAUUUUGGAUCGAGCUUGAAGGACAGCCCCUCACGAGUAGCUUCAGGUUGCACGAUGGCGGCCACGUCAUGGUCGGCGGAGAGAUGAGUAACUUCUACUCUAGUCCCGGAGACCCGAUCUUCUACCUGCACCACGGUAACUUGGACCGUAUUUGGUGGCAGUGGCAGCAACAAUCCUCGGCACAUCUUUACGAGAUAUCUGGCCGCUCUACACCCGAUCCUCCCUUCCAAAAUGUUACCCUUGAUUUCGUCCUCCCGUUCGGCGAGCUCGGGUCCUCUCUCCCCAUUCGUGAUGUCAUGGACAUUCACGCUUCGCCCAAUUGCUACACCUACGCCUGA